AUGUUUUCCGUCUCCGUACCACCCAUUUCGGUGGGUUCGAACGUCUUUUUCGCAUUCGCCCUCUUCUUCAUUUCGGCACUCGUCCUAUUGCUCCUGCGGCGGUUCCUGACCUUGCGCGCCACCCCCGGAUUUCUGAUUGUCCCCAUCUUUUUGGCUCUGGCUUUGCCCGCCAGUGUCGUGCUCUUGGUACCCAUUGAUUUAGCCUCAAGUUCCCACGAUGGUUCCGGUCCCAAGGCAAUCUGGCUGCCGGAGCGAAUGGUUCUGGUCUGCUGGCGCAUUGCCUACUGGCUAAUCUUUGUUCUUACUUGGGCUAUCCUUCCAUUGCUCGGUGAAUACGUCGACUCCGGAUACCGUGAACCUAAAGCCCGCCUGAUGUACUCCCUCCGAUCGAACGCCAAAUAUCAAAUGAUCGUUCUAGGCUGUGCGUUGGUGGGAUUGGUUUACUUCUCUAUUUCAAACGGCUUCCAUUUCACAUCAAUCAAGGGUCUAGCCAUGGCAUUAGCAUAUGUGUGGGGACUGGUCCUUGCCAUUUACCUGAUGGGUCACGGUCUAGUUUCAAUCCCACGCAAUCUGCUUCGAAAUGCGAACGUCAGCGGUCGGCUACGCAGAGUUCAAGCCCAUGCGCCCAAGGUCCACGAUCGACUGAUGGACUCGGUCAAUGAGGUGGAAAGCCUUAAUGGCCAGGUUUCUCAAUUGCAACAGCGCAAGACCGGCACUGCCCGCGACUUCCGGGAGUGGAUUGAGGAGCUUCGGGAGGGUCAUGGUCAGCCCGACGUGCGGGCCCCAAUCCUUGAGUCUCAGGAUACUUCUGCUACCAUCCCCUCUGUUAUUACAGAGCGCUAUCUUGCUGAUUUGACAAGGCGUGUUCAGCGUGCUCGCCACAUGAAGGCUCGGUUCGUGGAUGAGUGGGAUCGCACGGUCCAGUUGGCUGCCGAUCUCCAGGCUAUCAUCAACUCCGCAGCGUCAAAGAAGCUUGAAUUCGCUCCCGCAGCUAGACGGUCUUCCUGCUUCCCUCGCGUGAAGUUCCUUACUCCAUAUAUGCGGUAUCAGCUAUACUCUAAUGUAAUCCCUGCUGUCAGGCUAGCAUUCGGUGCCUUCUUCGCGAUGGCAUCUGGGUGCAUCGUUUGGUCGGAGUUGAUCAAGUCUUUGGCACCCCAUCUAUCGGCUGUUAGCUUGACAGUUGUUCCAAACUGGAAAUCCAACCCGGUCGGUUUUGGCGGUCAACUCACCGCCUCCGCCUGGCUGUUGUACAUGUGUUCGGCUGCCCUGGUUGGUGUCAGCGAUGUCAAAGUCUGGGGAAACCGAGCUCUUGUCCGACGUAACACAUACGGUGAAAGCGCAUGCUGGUAUGCCAGUCUUGUGGCUCGUCUGACAGUGCCAAUUGCCUACAACUUCUUGACAUUCCUACCCAAGGAGUUCCGCAGAACCACCAUUUUCUACGAGUUCCUUGGCAAGCUCAUCAACCUGACGCCCCUCGGAAAAGGAUUUGAUUUCAUAUUCCCCAUUCUUAUCCUUCUGCCCAUCUGCGCAACCCUCUUUAACCUCUACGGUCGUAUCAAGAACAUCUUCGGAUGCGGCCUCGCCGAGGAUGAUGAUAUCCACGAUGUGGAGAACAACCCUGCAGGGUAUGGCCUAGGCGGCUGGCGUGAGGGCCGCGAUCUCAUUGAGCGCGAAUUAAACGGCUUCGGCUCAUUGGCCGUCUCCUCCCGUGGCAGCCGCUCCACCUGGGCCUCAGACCGCAGCGAAGAAGGCUCACCAGGCUCCUCUCGCCUGCGAGUGCCAGCUGGAGAGGGCUCUCGUUCUCCGCAGCCUACGCAACGAGCCGUGGCUACCCCAACCAUUGUCGAAGACGGAGAGGAAGAGGACGAGAACUUCUUCCAAUCCUUUGCGCAUCGCGUGAAAAACACUUUCGACACUACCAAUACACCUCAGUGGUUCCAGGGUGAGCCUUUCCGCCUUCCACGCUGGAUGUCGGGUGACAAUAACAACAAUGCUACCACCGAUGAGGGCGGUGAUUCGGGAUUCUUUGGUGGUCGGGCUGUGCCCGGUCGUCUGCGACUUGGUUAG